UGGAUACCCUCUCCCAGAAUCCAUCAUUUCAUCCCCGGUUUUGUUGCCCCAGUUUUCCAUUCCCACGUCCCAAUCGCAUCGUCACCCAUUUUUCACAAUCCUCACAGCUCCAAAACAAAACCAAUCCAAACACGCCUCUGCCUUCUCUCUUCUCUCUUCUCUCUUCUCUGUUCCCCUUUUUCACCACUAUAUAUAAGGAGACCUGGAGCAUAGACUUGUUCAUUUUGUACUGUGCUUGGAAUUCUUAUUUUUGGAUAAGUUUUGUGUACAGUGAUGGUGACCCCGAAAUUAGGGAGAAGUCCGAGCAUCAGAGAUAGAGUGGAAGACACUCUCUCUGCUCACCGCAACGAGCUUGUUGCUCUUCUCUCCAGGUAUGUGGCACAAGGAAAAGGGAUUUUGCAACCACAUCACUUGAUCGAUGAGCUCGAUAAUAUUGUAGGCGACGAUGUAGGGCGGCAGAAACUCAGUGAUGGUCCUUUUGGCCAAAUUCUGAAAUCUGCGCAGGAAGCGAUAAUUCUACCUCCUUUUGUGGCUAUUGCUGUUCGACCAAGGCCUGGUGUUUGGGAAUAUGUUCGUGUCAAUGUCCAUGAACUUAGUGUGGAUCAGUUGAGUGUUUCUGAAUAUCUGCGCUUCAAAGAAGAGCUUGUUGAUGGGAUGUUCAAUGAUUAUUAUGUGCUUGAGCUUGAUUUUGAGCCAUUCAAUGCAUCAUUUCCUCGCCCCAACCGAUCUUCGUCCAUUGGCAAUGGUGUCCAAUUUCUCAACCGUCAUCUCUCCUCAAUCAUGUUCCGAAAUAAAGAAUCGUUGGAACCAUUGCUUGAUUUUCUUCGAGCACACAAACAUAAAGGACAAGUCAUCAUGUUGAAUGAUCGGAUACAGAGUAUAUCCCGGCUGCAGUCUGCUUUGGUUAAGGCAGAGGAUCAUCUUUCUAAACUUCCACCAGAGACACCCUUUGGGGAGUUUGAAUAUGAAUUUCAAGGAAUGGGUUUCGAGAGAGGUUGGGGUGAUACCGCACAGAGGGUUCUGGAGAUGAUACAUCUUCUCUUGGACAUUCUUCAGGCUCCUGAUCCAUCUACCUUAGAGACAUUCCUAGGGAGAAUACCAAUGGUGUUUAAUGUUGUCAUUUUGUCUCCACAUGGUUACUUUGGACAAGCAAAUGUUUUAGGUUUACCUGAUACUGGUGGACAGGUUGUUUAUAUACUGGAUCAAGUGCGUGCUUUGGAGAAUGAAAUGUUGCUUAGAAUGCAAAAGCAAGGACUAGAUGUCACACCAAGAAUUCUUAUCGUGACCCGGUUAAUACCUGAUGCAAAAGGAACUACAUGCAACCAGCGGCUGGAAAGAGUCAGUGGAACAGAACACACACAUAUAUUGCGUGUUCCUUUCAGAACAGACAAAGGAAUUCUUCGUAAGUGGAUUUCAAGGUUUGAUGUGUGGCCUUAUCUGGAGACCUUUGCAGAGGAUGCAGCAAGUGAGAUUGCCGCUGAAUUACAAGGUGUUCCAGAUCUGGUCAUUGGAAACUAUAGUGAUGGAAAUCUCGUCGCAUCAUUGUUAGCUUCUAAGCUGGGAGUCACACAGUGCACCAUUGCACACGCGCUUGAGAAAACAAAGUACCCGGAUUCUGAUAUAUAUUGGAAAAAUUUUGACGAGAAAUACCACUUCUCAUGUCAAUUUACUGCUGACCUGAUAGCCAUGAAUAAUGCAGAUUUUAUCAUCACUAGCACAUACCAAGAGAUUGCUGGAUCGAAGAAUACCGUUGGUCAGUAUGAGAGCCACACUGCUUUCACUCUACCAGGGCUGUAUCGAGUUGUUCAUGGCAUAGAUGUUUUCGAUCCGAAGUUCAACAUUGUCUCUCCUGGGGCAGAUAUGUGCAUUUACUUUCCAUACUCUGAUGUUGAAAAAAGACUUACUGCCCUGCAUGGUUCAAUUGAAAAGCUCUUAUAUGAUCCUGAGCAGAAUGAAGAACACAUUGGUAUGCUGAAUGAUCGGUCAAAGCCCAUAAUCUUUUCCAUGGCAAGGCUUGACCGAGUGAAAAACAUUACUGGGCUGGUCGAGUGCUAUGCUAAGAAUGCCAAACUGAGGGAAGUGGCAAAUCUGGUUGUGGUAGCUGGUUACAAUGAUGUGAAGAAGUCAAAUGACAGAGAAGAAAUUGUAGAAAUUGAGAAGAUGCAUGACCUUAUGAAGGAGUACAACUUGCAUGGCCAGUUCAGAUGGAUGUCAUCCCAAACAAACCGAGCACGUAAUGGUGAACUCUAUCGCUACAUUGCUGACACAAGGGGUAUUUUUGUGCAGCCUGCCUUUUAUGAAGCUUUUGGACUUACAGUAGUGGAGGCCAUGACUUGUGGCCUUCCUACAUUUGCCACUUGCCAUGGUGGUCCUGCAGAGAUCAUUGAAAACGGUGUAUCAGGAUUCCAUAUUGAUCCAUAUCACCCUGAUCAGGUUGCUACAACCAUGGUGGAUUUCUUUGAAAAAUGCAAGGAGGAUUCAAGUCACUGGAAUAAAAUCUCGGAUGCAGGUCUUCAAAGAAUCUAUGAAAGGUAUACAUGGAAGAUUUAUUCUGAAAGGCUAAUGACGUUGGCUGGGGUUUAUGGUUUCUGGAAGUAUGUCUCUAAACUCUCGAGGCGUGAGACCCGACGAUACCUUGAGAUGUUCUAUACUCUUAAGUUCCGUGAUCUGGCAAAAUCUGUUCCCCUGGCGAUCGAUGACCAACAUUAAGCUGUGAGACACGAACCGGUGACUGGCACCAUAAUGGUAGAAUCUGAAUAAAGUUAUAUUUGUGUGAAUAUGUGUAAAAAUUCCUCUUAUGGAUGCCGUGUAUGGGAUAUAUUGAAAAUUAUCAUCACUCUAGUUUUUGGAUGAUGACGUGUAUGGGAUAUUUGGAAAAUCAUGGAUGACGUGGAUAUAUGAAAGCUAUUAAAUGUUGUGGUUUUAUGGCUGACA